CAGCCAGCUACCUAGUCGUUCGAUAUAACCUAAUUCAGUUAUUCUUUCUGUAAAUUUCUUGUUUUCUUCUUCUUCGUCUUCUUUAUUCUAGUACUCACACAAUAAUUACCUCUAGGGAGAAAAGAAAAAACCCUAGAAGUAAAAAAAAAUAGGAUCUAAGAAAAUGCAGUUAAUGGUGAUGGAAGUCUGAAUGCGCGAGUUUCUAAAAUCUCGAGAUUGAAGUUACUUCUCUCUCUCAUUUAGUGAAAUCAUAAGUAUUUUUGAUUUCACCAAAAUAAUUUGACAUUUUCGAAGCUUCUUUUUCGUUACUCGAUUCAAAAGACUUUCAAGUACUACCGAGAAGAAAUUAACAAAGUGUUGGAGAUUAGUUAUCUCUUCGACUUCGUUCUUUGUUGUUUGAGCUUCAAUUUCAGCUCAAAAUUGGUGAAUGCAUCAAAGUUCGCGAGAAUAUUAAGAUCUGCUGGAACUUUACUAAUGGCGGGUCCUAGCAGAAGAAAUUCCGUCAAGAUUUUCUCUGGGGAGCAGCUGGAUCUUGUGUGACAUUCUCCCUUAGACAGUCACUUCUAUAAACCCCGUCGACGAGCGGGCCCAAUGAAUCAUCCGACUAGCAAUCCUUUCACUUUCCUUCUCCUGCUACUGUCUCUCCUCGGUGCGGUCAUUGGUGACUUAAAUUCUGACAGACAAGCACUUCUUGACUUUGCUGCUGCAGUUCCACAUGGCCGAAAACUCAACUGGAAUACUUCUACACCCAUCUGUUCGUCAUGGGUUGGUAUCACUUGUACUUCUGAUGGCACUCGUGUGAUUGCCCUUCGCCUCCCUGGUGUUGGACUCGUUGGCACAAUCCCUCCCCAGACUCUAGGAAAACUUGAUGCUCUCAGGAUCUUAAGCCUCAGAUCGAACCGUCUUAGUGGGAGUCUUCCUUCCGAUGUCUCCGCCCUUCCUUCACUCAUGUACCUCUACCUACAGCAUAAUAUCUUAUCAGGUGAAGUCCCUAGCUCCCUCCCACCUCAGCUCAACGUACUUGAUAUCUCCUUCAACUCUUUGACGGGUAAAAUUCCAUCCACAAUCCAGAACCUUACUCAGCUUUCUGGACUAAGCCUUCAGAAUAACUCCUUAUCAGGGCCUAUUCCUGAUCUUAGCCUUCCAAGGCUUAAGCAUUUGAAUAUUAGCUACAACCACUUAAAUGGAUCAAUUCCAUCUACUCUUCAGAACUUCCCCAACUCUUCCUUUGUAGGAAAUUCUCAAUUGUGCGGACCACCUCUCAGCAAAUGCAUUACUAACCUCCCGCCUUCGCCUUCUCCAUCACCACCCCCAUCAGUAAAUCCUCCUCCCCACGAAAAGAGUUCCAAAAUGAAACUUUCGACAGGGGUUAUCAUUGCUAUAGCAGUUGGGGGCGCUGCGGUGCUGUUUCUUCUAGUGUUAUUGAUCGCAUUUUGCUGUUCGAAGAAAAAAGAUAAAGAGGAUGCCGGUGGAACAAAAGGGAAGGCUGCAGUUGGUGGAAGGAGUGAAAAGCCCAAGGAAUUCGGGAGUGGGGUAGAAGAGGCUGAGAAGAACAAGUUGGUUUUCUUCGAGGGCUGUUCUUAUAAUUUUGACCUGGAGGAUCUAUUGAGGGCUUCGGCUGAAGUGUUGGGUAAAGGAAGCUACGGAACAGCAUAUAAGGCAGUCUUGGAGGAGGGGACAACUGUAGUUGUAAAGAGGUUGAAGGAAGUGGUGGUCGGAAGAAGAGACUUUGAACAGCAGAUGGAAACAGUAGGAAGAGUUGGCCAGCACCCCAAUGUUUUACCUUUACGUGCUUACUACUACUCCAAGGAUGAGAAGCUCCUUGUUUUUGACUUUGUUCCUGUUGGUAGCUUGUCCUCGAUCUUGCACGGAAACACAACCACUGGAAGAACUCCUCUAGACUGGGACUCAAGGCUAAAGAUCGCACAAGGAACUGCAAGAGGAAUUGCUCACAUCCACUCUGAAGGUGGUGGCAAAUUCACCCAUGGCAACAUAAAAUCCACCAAUGUCCUUCUCAAUCAAGACCUUGAAAGCUCUGUUUCAGAUUUUGGGUUAACGCCACUUUUGAACUUUCCUACCACCCCAUCUCGAUCAGUAGGUUACCGUGCUCCUGAGGUAAUUGAAACCCGGAAACCAACUCAGAAGUCAGAUGUUUACAGCUUUGGCGUUCUUCUCCUUGAAAUGCUAACAGGUAAAGCCCCACUCCAAUCACCGGGACGAGAAGACGUGGUUGAUCUUCCAAGGUGGGUUCACUCAGUAGUCAGAGAGGAAUGGACAGCAGAGGUUUUUGAUGUAGAGUUGAUGAAAUACCCAAACAUUGAAGAAGAGAUGGUUCAAUUGCUGCAAAUAGCAAUGGCCUGUGUUGCAAAGGUGCCAGACAUGCGGCCGAAGAUGGAUGAAGUUGUAAAAAUGAUUGAAGAAAUCCGACAAUCCGAAUCCGAGAACCGUGCAUCCUCCGAGGAUAACAAGACCAAAGAUUCAAAUGUGCAGACUCCAUAAAUAAAGUUCUCAAAAUUAGUUUCUGAUUUGGUGUCAGAUUCUUACUUCCACUUCAGGUAUCCUUUCUCACAAAUAGUAGCGGUAUGAUUCAACAUAUGCAAUACGUACAUGAUAGCGGAACAUAUGGGUGUGGAAAGGUCGGGAUCUGUGCAACCGUGUCUAUUCCGUUAACAUCUAAUCUUGUUUGUGUUUUCUCCUCCUAUUUCGUAUUAUCUGCUUGGUAAGAUUCCUUUCCAUGAUUUGUUGUAAAAUGCUCUAAUACUAUUGUUGAGUUGAUUGCUUAUCAAGCUGACCAGAAAAAAUUACUCAUUUUCUGAUUUCCAUGAAGCAACCCAUUUGAUGAUUUUCAUAUCUCUGUAAUUUUAAUUUUUAGUUCUAUGAGAAGAUUGAAAAGACUUCGA